AUGGAUGGCAAUAUGCCACGCUGGUACUCUGUUGACUCCAUCAACACUGCAAAACGUCGCCCCGCCUUUGGCCUUUGGUGGCUGGCAGUCAAAUGUACAUGGGCGAUCGCCCUGACUGGCUUUCUUGCUAAUAUUGUCUUGAAUAUGUCAGGGUACCAAGUCCGGCUCACAGCCACCCAAGAACGACAAAAAUGUACAACGUGUGGCCUCUAUGACCCAGCUGUGGCGAUAGAUGCACCGAACCCGAAUGUUUGGGCGCCAAUUACCUCGGAUGACAAUACUGCAAUCUGGGCCUGGCUUCAUGAUCCGAUCAGGGGCCUAAAUCUGACAGAGCCCACGGUCGCCAAAAUCAAUGACAACAUGGUCUACUCGAUUGACACGCUGCCCCCGAACAAGACAGACGUCAUCUUCUUCUUAGACGGCAGUGGUCCUAAGCCAGACUCUUGGGCCAGGGUGAUGAUCUACGAGGGUGGAAAGGCCGAGCCUGUCGCUCAAGAAUACAUGGUGGGACCGUUGCCUGUAAGCGAUGACACCACGAUUGAACCGCUUGAUUACAUCUACAACGGGGGCAUGGGCGGUUCGGUUCCCUACAACGCCCGCGCCAUCGACGUGAGCAGAAUGGUUGUCCUUGAUCACAUUCUGGUCCCUGUCAUGCAAGACAUCGUUGACAUCACUUCCACCAUCUUUCAAGGAGCUGCCUACUAUGGUUUCGCCGACACGCGGUCCACGGUCGUUCCAAACUUCGGCACCCCAGUUUCAUUUGACGGGUCUGAAGCUCAUGUCAAUGCAGUAUUCCACUUCCCUGGCUCAGCACUGUUUCUCAUCCCUAUCGAUUUCUAUGUCCUCAUUGAUUGGACUGGGACCGACUACACUCAAUGGAAACUGAAGGGUUUUGUGACAAAGGAACGCUUUUUCCCCACCGUAGACGAACUGAGGAAAGCUUACAAUCUUGGUGAGCUCAAGCAAGAGUUUGACCAACACAAGAAUUACGACUGGGCGCUCGUCAAGUAUCAGUCUGAGCUUGGCCAGAGGCCUCUGGAGAGCCGAGUAGCCCCUCAGAGCCUUGAGAUUGGGGGCAAGCGCUACAAGCUUGACCCAAAACAAAACUACGUUGAGUAUAUGGGCUGGUCGUUCUACGCAACAUACACCAAGAGCUUGGGUCUCAUGUUCUACGACAUUCGCUUCAAUGGGGAACGGAUCCUGUAUGAGCUUUCGAUGCAAGAGGCCGCAUCACAGUAUGGAGGCUUCCAACCAAAGGCCGCAUCCACCUUGUUUCACGACACCGCUUUUAGCAUCGGUGCAGAUGUUUUCCCGCUGGUCGAAGGAUUCGAUUGUCCUUUUGGAAGCACUUUCUGGAACAUGUCUUUCUAUGACAGAAACCAGACCAUCACCCACCCUAACUCUCUUUGUCUCUUUGAGCAUGACAGCGGUCAUCCACUCUCCAGGCAUCGCGCCGAGACCUUCGCCGCUGAAAACGAGAAUGAAUGGGGCUUUGACAAUCUGGGUGUAGUCAAGAGCUCAGCGCUCUCUGUGCGUUUUAUCGCAACUGUCGGAAAUUACGACUACAUUUUCACAUAUGAAUUCAGCCAAGACGGGGCCAUUGAGAUCUCUGUGCGUGCAUCUGGAUACCUCCAGGCUUCUUAUUACUACAAAGACCAAGGAAGGUUUGGGCCUCGCAUUCAGAAAGCCACCCAAGGUCCGAUACAUGAUCAUAUCAUAACCUUCAAGGCUGAUUUCGACAUUCUGGAUUCCAACAACAGCUUCGAGAAAACGGAACUCAAGGCGGUUCAACAAGAGCAACCUUGGUUUCCUGAGCUUGGAUCGUUUGAACAACUCCAACUUGAAAAGACUGUGUUGGCUAAGGAAGAGCAAUUGAACUGGCAGUCCAACGGUCAGACAAUGUACUGCGUUGUUCACAAAAACGAAACCAACCAGUGGGGUGAGAAACGUGGCUACCGUAUCGUGCCUGGCAAGUCCAACAUUCAUCUGAGCACUUUGACUUCACCCUGGUCGCGUCACAACAGUGCCUUCCUGAAGUCCCACCUGGCUGUGACUCGUCAACAUGACACCGAGCAGUUCGCCAAUAGUAUCAACAACGCCAACUUGCCAUUUAAGCCGCAGCAUGACUUUCUGAAAUUCUUCAAUGACGAAAGUGUUGACGGCGAAGAUCUCGUGGUUUGGUUCAACCUAGGCAUGCAUCACUUCACUCGGUCCGAGGAUGUGCCCGUGACUCUGUUUACAGAAGCGGUCAGCAGCAUCAGCCUUGCACCACAGAACUUCUUUGAUCGUGCUCAGGAUGGAGAUUUAAGAAACAGGCGAUGGUACGUUCCGAACAAGGAAUCUGGCACCCUCCAGACGGAGGAUUACGGGGUCGAACUACCUAACUGCGCGAUUAAUCUGAGGGAGCCCGAGAUUGCGAAAAUACUUGCGAAGGAGUAA